GCCGCCAUUUUCCACCGAGGAGGGGCGGGAGGAUUGUCCGGGAAAGGACCCCCCCCUUGUCCCUUUGGCCGUCUUCCCAGUUGCCAGUCAGCCUCUCCUUUGCUCGGAUCAGGGAGGGGUUUCCCCCCCCCCUUUCGGGAUAGCCGGUGAAGCAGAAAUCCGGCCGGUAAAGCUGCUUCAGCGGAAGACAAGGGCAGAGCAGCGCCGAUUGACAGUGGCAGGGUGAGGUCGGGCCGGAUCUGCUGGGACUUGGUUGAGGGGCCUCGGACCACGCCGGGAGUUAGGAACAGGAGCUCCCCCUCCCCCAGUCCAUCGGGCCGAGAGGCCGAGGAAGCCCGGGGAAACAGAGCAGCCCGGCCCCAUGGCGGACGACGGGCGGGACUACGACUUGACGGAGGCGCAGCAGGGAGUCAAGGCCAAAUACCCGGCCAUCCAGAAGAAGUACGAAUAUCUGGAUCAUACGGCUGAUGUGCAGUUGCAUGCCUGGGGUGAUACCUUGGAAGAGGCAUUUGAACAAUGUGCUAUGGCCAUGUUUGGCUACAUGACAGACACGGAAACAGUUGAACCUCUUGACACAGUAGAAGUGGAAGCGGAAGGACAUGAUAUGCUCUCUCUUCUCUUUCAUUUCCUCGAUGAGUGGCUCUAUAAAUUCAGCGCUGAGGAGUUUUUCAUACCCAGAGAAGUGAAAGUGCUUCACAUCGACCCAAUACAUUUCAGGAUACGAUCUAUUGGGUGGGGAGAAGAGUUCUCUUUGCAGAAGCAUCCCCAGGGGACAGAAGUCAAAGCAAUCACGUAUUCAGCCAUGCAGGUCCUGGAAGAAGGAAAAGAAGUUUUUGUCAUAAUCGAUAUUUAAACAAAGGUUAUUCUGCUGGACGCUUCCUCUGCAGCCGGCCCUUGGAGCCACAGGGAUGUGUUCAGGAGGAACACAGAAGCCAGUCAGUCCAGAAACCCA